AUGCUCUAUGAUGAGCUCACACCCACUUCUUGGGGUAUAAAAGGCCUAGGGAGGCAGGUAGACCUCAGACACCUUGAUCAUCCUCCCAACCCUCCAACCACCCUACUCACUACCAUGCCUUACAACUGCUGCUUGCCCAGCAUCAGCUGCCACACCAGCUGUGCUUCCAGGCCCUGCCUGCCCUCCAGCUGCUAUGGCUGCACCCUGCCUGGAGCUUGUGACAUCCCUGCCAAUGUGAGCACCUGUGGCUGGUUCUGUGAAGGCUCCUUCAAUGGCAAAGAGAAGGAGACCAUGCAGUUUCUGAAUGACCGUCUAGCCAACUACCUGGAGAAGGUGCGCCAGCUGGAGGUGGAGAAUGCUGAGCUGGAGAGUAGGAUCCGGGAGUGGUGCCAACAGCAGGUGCCCUAUGUGUGCCCUGAUUACCAAUCCUACUUCCAGACCAUUGAGGAGCUUCAGCAGAAGAUCCUGUGCACUAAGUCUGAGAACACCAGGCUAGUGGUGUGUGUUGACAAUGCCAAGCUGGCCUCUGAUGACUUCAGAACCAAGUAUGAGACUGAGCUGUCCCUGCGUCAGCUGGUGGAGGCUGACAUCAACAGCCUUCGCAGAAUCCUGGACAAUCUGACCCUGUGCAAGUCUGACCUGGAGGCCCAAGUGGAGUCCCUCAGGGAGGAGCUUGUUUGCCUGAAGAAGAACCAUGAGGAGGAGGUCAACUCCCUGCGCUGCCAGAUUGGUGACCGACUCAAUGUGGAGGUGGAUGCUGCCCCAACUGUGGACCUGAACAGGAUCCUGAAUGAGACUCGGGCUGAGUAUGAGGCCGUGGUGGAGAACAACCGCAGAGAUGUGGAGGAAUGGUUCAACACUCAGACAGAGGAACUGAACAAGCAGGUGGUGUCCAGCUCUGAGCAGCUGCAGAACUGCCAGGCAGAGAUCAUUGAGUUGAGGCGCACCGUCAGUUCCCUGGAGAUUGAGUUGCAGGCCCAGCACAACCUGAGAGAUUCUUUGGAAAAUACACUGACCGAGUCUGAGGCCCGUUACAGCUCCCAGCUGUCCCAGAUCCAGUGUAUGAUCACCAAUGUAGAGUCCCAGCUGGCUGAAAUCCGUGGUGACCUGGAGCGACAGAACCAAGAGUACCAGGUUCUCCUCGAUGUUAGGUCUCGGCUAGAGUGUGAGAUUGCUACAUACCGUAACCUGCUGGAGUGUGAGGAUUCCAAGUUGCCCUGCAAUCCAUGCGCCACCACCAAUGCCUGUGGUAACUCCUGUGGACCCUGUGGCAAUUCCUGUGGCAACUCCUGUGGGCCCUGUGUCAGGUCUUGUUCCCGUACCUGUUAAGUUCCCAUCUCUCAGUUUCACCAUGUAAACUUAGGAUGGGAAAAGUCAUUUGAUCUUGACUUCUGACUUAACUCAGUUCUCAAAGCCAAUAGCAAUAUUUUGGUUCUUUUCCCAUCAUCCCCAUUUCUGUCAACUAUGCCACCAUUUUCAGGAUCUCCCAUAUACUUCAGUGAGUUUCAGAGCCAACAAGCCAAGAAUGACAUCAUCAACUCUCAACUGUUUGGAAAAAACCUUAAUGGGAAGCAUUAAAAGCUCUUAAUUUCUGGUGAUGCUCAACUCCCUAUAACUCAGUUACAUGCUAUUAC